CUUCAGGCAGACACUGGAUUUUGAUCUGGUGGGAUCGCAAAGCCGAAUGAAAUCAGCGAGCUGGUCCUUUCAGGCAGGAGUGACCAGCGGAACCUGAACGGGCUCCACGAACGACUCUCGUGCGGCAUUUGUGGUCUCCCUGGCUCUCUGCAGCGGACUCUCGGAAGGGCCCUGAUGCAUCCUCCCUCAAGGAGAUAGAGAGCUGAGGCGUUCGGACCAGGCGCUGGAGAUGCAGAGGGUUGGCAGAAGCUGGGAUCUUCCUCUGGAUCACUGGGAAGAUCGUAGCUGCCCCACGCGCCGUGGAGAGCAGGUGCCGGAUCUCUGCACGGUAUCUAUGGAGAAACGGAUCCGAGAAGAGCAGGCAUGGCAUCUCCAGGUGGCCCUUCAAGACUUGAUCUUCCGCUUCCAGGACUGGCUGUUGACCGCCGAGGUGACCGUCGCCUCCGCCAAUUCCUCGCUGGUCUCUUACGCCAAUUCCAAGAAAGAGCUGCAAAGGUUUGAGGCGCUGCAAAGGCAGCUCUCGGACAAGCUGCUGCUUUUAGAGACCUUGAACAGGCAAUACCACCGGCUGGUACGGGGCGGCAGCAUCAGCCCACCGCUCAGAUCCACCGUUCGGGGACUCAACCGGCGCUCGGAUGAGCUGCAGACGCGGGCCGCUGCCGUUUACAAGAGGCUGAAGCAUUUCGUGAACCAACGGGAAGAGUUUGAGUUGGAGAGAGAGACCAUCCAGGUGUGGCUGAUGGAGCUGGACCUCCGGCUCACAGAUGUGGAGCACUUCUCAGGAGGCACGUCGCUGGAUAAAAUGAUACAGCUGCAGGCAUUUCAGCAAGAUGUACAAGCCAACGCAGAGCGCGUGGAUUGCCUGCUGGUGCGCGGGGAAUCCUUGAUCCAGAAAAGCCAGCCCGAAGAUGCUGAAAUCUUGGGCGAGGCGUUGCAGGACCUGAGCUGUUUCUGCCAGGAGGUCUUCCGCAGGGUGUUUCGCUUUCGCUGGCGACUGGUCAGCAUGAGGCUGGUCUUCGAAGACGAGUGGCUGUCCGAUCGGGAGAGUGAUUUGGAGUCUGACUGCUUCACGGAAGAAUCCCUGGCGUUAGAUCCUGUUUAUGCUGGAACCGCCCGGCGUCCUUUCAGUCCUCUGUGCCAAUCUUCCCCAAAGAAAGCCCCCUUCCUCUGUCGCAAGCAGCCGGCCCCCAUCGUAGGGGGAACCAUGGAUCUGGAAUGGGACCCUUCGGUGGAUGUCGGAGGUUCCACGUCCCACGACGAAGAGGAUUCCUCAUACUACAGCGCCAUCACAGGAGUGGGCCAGUGGGAGGAGCCUCGCCGAAGGUGCAAAUCGUCCUCUGGUUGGGUGUCCCGGUCUCUACCUUUGAGAUAUGGCAUCCAAGAAGACUUCUGUGCACAAAACGGCUUCCAAAGAGAAUGGGAGCAGUCGAAUUGCUCUGGAAUAGACCAGAAAAUAAAAAGAUGCAGUUCUGGAAAUUCGCAUCCAUGGGAGCUAGAACAUUGCGCAGAUCCGCUUGCGGAGAAAGGAAGCUGCCGCCUGAUAGAACCAAUGGGAUUUGACCCCAAACGUGUUGAGACCUGGCUGGGACAGAACUGCCGGGAGAAGACGGGAGCAGAACCGGAGCCAGAACAAGGCACGCACAUCCCCCAACCUGCCAUGGAGCGGCAAUUGCAGGUGAAAUCCCAGGCAGGCAGGCAACGAGCCAAGCGGGAGAAGCCGCCCCAGCGGACAAAAAAGAAAGCCAGGCCGACCCUCAUCACCCAGCCUGGUUUGGCGAACAACUGGGAGAUCUCCACCACGAAGCAGCCCGGCUCCCCGUCAGCAGAAAUUGCAAUAACCACUGAAAAUGGAUACGAUCCACCUCAGCCGUCGGUUUCUUCCGCCGGGUCUCAGAAGCUCCCUGGAAGUCCCGCCCUGAGGAAUAGGCUGCUGCUCCUGCUCUUCGCCGCGGUCUUGAUGCUGUGGUUUCUGCUCUGCAGUCCCAACUCUCUCUCCGAGCCCUCCUGUCUCCGGAUGAAUGGCUACGCCCGAUCUUCCCACCUCAUGCUGAAGUACAGUGGACCACCGCCCACUUAGCACGAGGGGUGGCCCAGGGGCUCUGGAUAAUGGAGAAGAAAGAGGCCUGUGGGAAUCCCGUGGGCUCCUCCAGGACGGACAGUGGCUUGCAUCCGCUCAGAGAUGGGCUCCAGGGUCUGGUGAACUGAGAGAGAACUGUUUCGGUACACAAGAGUUUCUGUUGCUCACUACCAAGUCUAGUAGUGCAUGUUAGGCAGAUUCCUCCUCCACGAAUGUCCUGGAUCCUUUUUUUAAAUGCAGGUAGCCUGAACAUCAGAAGAGCCUUGUUCUAUCAGACCGAGGGUCCGUCUAGUCCAGCGCUCUGUUCCCACAGUGGCCAAGCAGCUGUCAACCCAGGGGCCGACAAAGCAGGACAUGGUGCAAUAGCACCCUCCCACCCAUGUUCCCCAACCAGUAUAUAUAGGCUUACUGCUUCUACUACCGGAGGUAGCAACAUAGCUAUCAGGGCUAGUAGCCACUAGUAGCCUUCUCCUUCCAGGAAUUUACCUAACGCAAUUUUAAAACCAUCCAAAUUGAUGGCCAUCACUGCAUCUCUCUACGGCUGUGAGUUUCGUAAGGUUGCAUUUCUCCUUGCAUUUUGAACAGAGGAUCUCGCCCGAAUUACAGAGCGAUCGCCGCUCUGCAUCUAGUAUGUUCUUCAGGGCAGGGGUGGGCAGAAAGUAGAUUGCCAGAUGCUUUGAACUUCAGGCCCCAGAAGCCCCUGCCAGCAUGGCCAAUGGCCAGGAACGCUGGGGAGUUGACCUCAGAAACAUCUGGAAAUCUAUUUCCUGUUCAAGCCAGCCAACACUUUUACCUAGGCCAGCCUUCCCUGAUUCCCUUCAAAUCCAUUGGGCAACAACUCCCAGAAUUCCCAGCCAAUUAUGACAGCUAGGGGGUUAUUGGAGUUGUAGUCCAAGACAUCUGGAGGGCAUCAGGAUUGGGGAAGGCUGGCUGAGGCUGUGUGUCGUGGAAGGUGCAAGUCUCAGCUUUGCAGAGGCCUUGUUAUCUGCACUCAACUUGCUAGUGAUUUAAUAUAUUUGGCAUUAAAGGUUUUGUA